AUGAGCAUCUGGCAGGGGUUCCUCAUCGACCUCGGUGUGUCCGAGCUGGACCGCUUCGACGACCGUGAGGCUCUGAUCUUCCGUGAGAACACGCUGGCUACCAAAGCCAUCGACGAGUACAUGAAACUGGUGGGGGCCAAGUACCUCCAGGACACACUGGGUGAGGCGGUGGCCCAGCUCUGCACCUCGGGUGACAGCUGCGAGGUGGAUCCCAGCAAAUGCGCUGGCCUCGACCUCUCUGACAACCAGAACAACCUGCGGCAGGUCUGCGAGGAGACCUUCCAACGCAUCGCCACGUCCUGCGACGCCUUCCCGGCAGAGCUGGGCGAGAUCUUCGCGGCGUGGCAGGAGGAGUGCGCGGCGCGGGGCAAGGCGCCCAUCGGGCAACGUCUGGUCUCGGCCUCCCUCUUCCUCCGGUUCCUCUGUCCCGCCAUCAUGUCCCCCAGCCUCUUCGGCCUCGUCCAGGAGUACCCGAGUGAGGCCACCGCCCGGACCCUCACCCUCGUGGCCAAGGUCAUCCAGAACUUGGCCAACUUCACCACGUUUGGGGAGAAGGAGGCCUACAUGGGCUUCAUGAACGAGUUCCUGGAGCAGAACUGGAGCACCAUGACGGCCUUCCUGCAGAGCGUGGCCAACCCCGAGAGCAGCGUCCACAUGGCCACCUACGACGGCUACGUGGAUCUGGCCCUGGAGCUCGCCACUCUCCACCUCCUGCUCUGUGACAUCUUCUCCAGCCUGGACCAGGCCACACAGGAGGAGCUGGAGCCCCUGCCCACCAUCCUCACCGCCAUCAGGGAGGGGACCCCUGUCCCUGUUUCUGUCCAGCUCAGCUCCACCACGGAGCGAAGCCCGGCAGAGAGCAUCAAACCAGGCUUUGUGCCACCACGGGACCUGAGCAAGCACAGUCCCCUCAUCAAGAGCCAGUCCCUCAUCAGCAUCCGCCGUGUCCGCGGCCGGGAGGACGGGUCAGAACCAGAACCAUCACCGGCACCGGUACCGUCAUCACCGCCCAACCGGGAACGCCGCAACGUGCAGCGCACCCAGAGCGUGCCGGCGCAGAGCAAAGCCACCCGGCGCCUACGCAAGCAGAGCAGCAUCGAGCACGUGGCAGAGCCACCAACCGAGGACAACCCGGGGUCCCUCGUCCCCCGCAACACCUCGCACGGGUGGUUGAUGGAGGCGCUGCGGAAGGAGGUGACGGAGAAUCGGGAGAAGUUGGUUGCGGCUGGUGGAGACGCGG